CUCGGGGCGGAAACAUAUUGCAUUCUGUUCGACCUUCACCGACAUGCGGACGGGUGGGAAAUGUCCCAAACUAUAUGAACGUAUAUACGGCCUGCAUCCCGACGAACCAUACGUUUCGCCCUAUUUGUCGAAACAGUCUGUUGUCAGUGAUCCAGCUAAUGGUACUCGCAUUUCCGUCGUAUCAACCAGAUACACUGGGAGAUUCAGCAAAGUCAGGACUGUCCACGAUAUCUUCGAAUCCGGACUAAAAUGUUCUCUAAAUCGUCCUUGCCUCGGUAGCAGAAAAAGCACGGCUUUGCCAUACGACUGGCUGACUUAUAAUGAAGUCAAUCAGCUAAUUUGUGCCUUCGGUUCCGCAUUGGUACACAUUGCUGGUUAUCGAGCUGGAAAACACAAUUUUGUUGGCAUUUACGCUCGAAACUCCCCUGAAUGGAUCGUAACGCAACAGGCCUGCGCCGCCUACUCCUACGUCUAUGUGCCUCUGUAUGAUACUCUGGGUAAAGAUGCAAUUCAACACAUUUUAACUCAAACUAAACUUCAAACCGUCAUGUGUUACUCCAUGAAGGAGGCGAACUUCAUUUUGAAUGAAGUUCAGUCAUCUAUCAAGUACGUGAUUCUGGCCACACCUCGCGGGAAAGCUGACUGCUCAUCUGCAACCACAGGAAACGUCCGUAUAAUAGAGUUUGAUGAAUUCAUUCGUCUUGGAAAGGCGAAUCCGGUGCCUAAGCAACUCCCAAAUCCCAGCGCUGUCUGCAGUUUGUGCUACACCAGUGGAAGUACAGGAAUACCCAAAGGGGCGGUGCUGGCCCAUGAAAAAGUAACCAACGCAGUGUUGAAUGUCAUUAACGGCACUGCAGGAAAGUUUGCGGAACAGGCCACCGUGCAUCUGUGUUAUCUCCCACUGGCCCACAUAUUGGAACAGAUCAUAACGAAUAUAGUCCUUAUUUCAGGUGCAUGUGAAGCAUUCCUCACCGGAGGCCCGGAAACCCUUCUGGCGGACCUUCGUGAGGUGCGACCGACUGUUUUCGGAGCGGUGCCUCGCGUGCUUUGUCGGUUUGCCGGGGAAUACUACAAGAAGAUUCCAAAAGCCACGUGCUUCAAAAAGAUGUUAGAGAGUUGCAUUAGAAAGAAGAAUGCCGAACAAGCCAGGGGAAAAUUCAAUCAUGCCAGCGUCGCAGACAAACUGUUAUUUAAAAAGUUCCGUCAAGCACUUGGGGGCCGCGUUUGUGCAGUCAUUUCAGGUGGCGCACCCUUACCUUCAGAAAUUUCGCGUUUCAUGCGAGCCGCUUUAAACUGUCCUGUCAUCGAGGGUUAUGGCUCCACGGAGACAUGUGGCGCAGUGAGUCUCACUUUUCUUGGCGAACCUGACACAAACACCACCGGUGGAAUCAUCCCUGGGAUCGAAGUGAGGCUAGCUGACGUUCCUGAUAUGGGGAUUGUCGCUUCCCGUGACAAUGUAGGAGAGAUUUGUGUCCGCGGCCUUCGAUGCACCGAGGGUUACUACAAAGAUCCUGUGAGCACCGCUCAGCUCCUCGAUGAGGAAGGUUGGCUUCAUACGGGCGAUGUUGGAAAAUGGACUUCCGUCGGUGCGCUAAAGGUUGUUGACCGGUGCAAAAACAUGUUCAAACUGACACAGGGCGAAUACAUUGCUGCCGAGAAAGUUGAAGGCAUCUACCAGUGUUGCUCUUUGGUACAGUUUGCCCUGCUGGAUGGCGAUUCGUCGCGGACUUUUGCAGUGGUCAUCGUCUAUCCUGAUUUCGUGGCAUUGCGUUCCGAGUUGACCAAAGCCGGUGUGCUGGCUUCUUCCAACGCCUCAUCCAAUGGUGCCAGUGUUAGUUCUCGUUCUUCUGAUGAGGAACUUUGCUCCGCUUUGGAAGUUAGAAAAUUCGUUUUGAUUAAAUUGAAUACCCUCGGCAGAGAACGUGGCCUCAAGGGUUUUGAGAUGGCGAAGUCCAUCCAUUUGACUUCUCAAGCAUUUACCAUUGACAAUGGUCUCCUCACGCCAACCCUCAAGAUUGCACGUUAUCGUGCUCGAGAACAAUUUCGACAGACUAUCAAGAAUCUCUACACUGAAGGGGAACUUGUAACUUGAUAUCGUUUUCUUGACUUCUCUUGUUAAAGCAAUGUUCCCCGGUCACUCGUGUUCUUUCGGAAUCCUCACAGUGUUUGACAGUGUGUUUUUUCAUUUUGAUUACGCCCCGCAUUUCGACAACCGGAGCAUUCGUUCCAUUUUUUCCAUUUUUGUUGCGCGUCUUUCGACAUUCCAAGUCUUCAUAUGCAUGCCUAUUUUUGUGAGUCCCUCCCCCUACAGAAACACACGCGACUUUUCCAUCUCAUCUUUGCACUCCACCUCCAAAAGGCUGUGUCCCGCUUCUCUGCUUCCACAGCCCUUCAAGAUAUCCUCAUGUAUAUCCCAUUUUUUCCAACUUGUUUAUGUACUGCUGUGCCCGUGUUUCUACAUGACAGUUGGUGUGGACAACCAGUUCUUUUGCCUCAUCGGUGGUACAUCAUCUAUUGAGGCCGGAUUGUUGACGGAACUGAUUAAUAAUGAGGUGCUUUCUACUGGGUUUUUCUCAGUUGAUAAGCUGGAUACAUAAAAAUAGCCCCUGCUUACUCCACCU